GGCCUCCCGCGCGUGCGGCCCCGCGCGCCCGCCCAACCGUGGGGGGCGUUGGGACCCUCGAUGCGGGCUCUCCGAGGAGGAGGCGGCGCCCACCGGGCAGGGGCUCCUCCAGGAAUUCCGGGGCUGGAAGAUCUGGGGCAAAGGGCACUUCCUGCAAGGUCACGCCCUCCUGGGCCUGCGAUCGGGUCAAUGUAGGAAGCCACGACCCAGUGCGGACCGCACGGAGGACAGGCGCUGCGGCGCUGCCUCCGCGGGAGCUCCGUCGGUUUGUCGGGUUCGCUUCCCAGUGACAAUCCGCGGGGUUUUCCCGCCGCAGGGAAAGCGCCUCUGAAAGAGUAAACGCCACGGACUAGGUCACACGGGCCCUGAAAAGAAAGACCAUUCAUCCUCUCAUUUCUCUGUUGUAUCUUAGUGAAAAAUGCCACGAAAUCGUCUAUGGAUAAAAAAAGAAUUGAGAGUGCUGGGGGUCAUACAAGUAAUGAACAGCAUGUUUAUUAAUAUGCUGGGGGUGCUCUGGAGGUUCUUCUUCCUCUCACAGCUGACUGUGCUGUCAACCAUAUACAUUCCCCUUGCACUGCUGCUGGGAUACCCGUUCUGGUCACCGUUUUGGUACCUGGUCUCAGGAGUCCUUGCAAUACUAGCAGAGAGAAGGCGCACAAGGUUCAUGAUGUCGUACCUGAUAAUAAUGAACAGCUUCAGCUCCUGUCUCGCAGUGCUCGGUCUGCUUCUACUAUCAGUUGAGCUUGGUGCAGCUACCUUUUCAUUCAAAGCACCUAUUUGGCAAAUGACCUGUAAGGGGAAAAAACGUACAUUUUCUUUUUGGAUACAGAGAAGUGCUAAAAUGCUCUCAGAAUAUCUGUUCCUGUUCACCGCACUGCAGCUGUUUGUGGCCAGUGUCGCGACCAGGUGGGCAGUGCAAGCAAAAAGAAGCAGGUUCAUUCAAGAAAGGAGUUCUCGUCUGUAUCGAACAUCACGAUGACUUCAGUUCAGAAGGCAAGUUUAAAGGUGAAUGAAGAACUUCUUUAGUUCAAGACGCUUCUUGGAACAUGUGAUUUAAUUAAGGUCAUCUCGAUACUUCCUUUCUCCUAUUUCAUUAAUAAAACUCAAUAUUGAUGAA